AUGAACCUGGCCGCCAACAGCAUGAACAUUCGCCUGCCCCGGAACGCGGACGAGUGCGAGAUCAAGGCCGUGGUCGGCUUGGAGGUGCGCGUCAAGGGCAUCGAGCAGCCCGAUCUCGAGGCCGUCGUGCAAAAGGCCAAGGAAAUCUGCCCGUAUCACCGCGCCACGCAUGCCCAGGUGGAAACAGACAUUCAGGUGUUUAGCGUCUAA